AUGGCAGAUUCGAGAUAUCGCUUAGCAAAGCAUGACGAGAUUCAUCUACACGGCGAUGCAAACAACGGCGAGGUCAGAAUUAUGCGGGGAAGUGAUCAACAAUCUAGACGACACUGUAACACCUCAGUACUUGCGUUUUUGAUUGUUUUGCUGGUUUUAACCUGCAUUGCCUUGAUAGCCUUUUUAGCAAUAGAAAAAAUGCGAAACUACAAUAGGUUAAACCCAAGCUUGGUGCAAAACUGCUCUUCACACAUUGGUGAGAAUGGAAAGCAGCAGCGCGGGUUCUGUACUACUUCACAGUGUAUCCUGGCCGCUUCUUGUGAGUAGAAAUUAUUUUUUAUACAAACAUUUCCAUCUUUAUACCCAAUAAGACAGUAACCUAGGUUUAUUCCAUCAAGACUGAAUUUUAUGUGAAAUAAUACAUUGCUUUGGAGGAAAUUAUUUUAUAUUUCUAUCAAAUAGCUUCACCUAUGAUCAGUUGCUUUUGCUUGGGUUUAGUAAGGUAACAAAUGCUGCUUUGAAAAAAAUCUUCGGAAAAACUUAACAAAAAAAAAGUAUCACUGAAAGAAAUCAUCCCAGUAAAACUCUUUCAGUCUGUGUAUCGGUUUGUUUCAAAAUGUCAUUUAUAUCCCAUGGCGUAAGUGGUAAUUUAAUUUGUCGUGUGGUUGCGAAUAAAAUCCGCUAAUUUAAUAUCGUGGGGGGCAAAAAGGCCUAGACCUGUACCGAAUGAAAUUGCUAAUUUGUUGAUGACCGCAGACUGCCAUUAAAUAAUGCCAGGUAUCUAGUAAUUAGUCAUUAGCUCUUUUUCAAUAUUAGGACUGAGUGCACUACUAAACCUUUCUCCUUUUCUGACAUCACACAUCACAAUACUUUCCCUGGGUAGAUUUAUUUCCUUUUCAGUGAACGGGUGGAACAUAAAGCUAACGGUGUAUUUGUUACCUCAAAUUUGAAAGUGAAUCACGGGGUUUAUUUUGAAUUAAAACUUGGAACCGAAACCGAUGCAAAUCAGAUUAGCAACACUGUUUCAUUCUAUCAAGAUCACUUGCGUCUUGCCACCUAGCUGCCCAUGAGUCGCUUGCAUACAUUAAAUACAAUGUAGACUGUUAGGACGAGAAGCGUUUUACUAUUGGAAAUUAAAAAACAAAAAAAGAGUAAGGGUUCUUAAGGAACAAAAGCUUUAAAUCAGCAUUUACAUCAAAUGCCAAUCGUUUUUAUCAAUAUAGUGUAAACGUGUUCUUAACGUAACGCAGCGACCGAGCUGUUUAAUAAUCUCUGACUGGGGUAAUUAUCAUACGUGACUACCAUACGUUAAAACGAGCUUUUUCAGACGCAUUACCGUAUUGAAAAAAUCAAUUCGGGCAUUUUUAAAAUGUUCUUAUUGGUUAUCGAGCAUCAGCAAUUGACCAGUGUUCUAUCGACAAUAAUUCGGCUCAACUGAGACUUUAUCUUCUCUCCGCUGACUUUCCACUGGUUCCGGCUCCAGUGAUGAACGGCCGUGAGUGAAUGCAGCCUGCCCUCAUCUCAGAAUCUAUUCUUUAGAACACGCUAUUGUCCAAGCAUCUUGUUGAAGGUUUAAACUGAACUCGCUGAUGCUUGAACUGAACUUUCAAAACGUGGAAGUUAUGCACCAUCGAGCUAGUCAAUAAGAUCGUGCGAUAAGCAAUAUCUACUGUCUGCCGGGAGCGUACUAACUGAAUACUGUCAGGAUGUCAAAGCUUCAUAAAAUAUCUAGAACGUUAUGAAAGGAUUCAUUAAACAACCAGACAAACAAAACAGGCGGGUUGAGUUUUCUUCAUAAGGAGACUUGCAAGUUGGUUUAAGACUGCCUCGCACACUACAAACCUGGGCCUGCAACCGAUCAAGUCUAUUUCGAGCAUCGAUUGUUAGCCGAUAAUCCGAAUCAUCAGUUAGAGGUAUCAGUUAGAGGUAUGUCCUCAUCUCCAUUUUUCGAGAAUUGGAUCUUCGUGGCUGUGACAAUCGUGAUGAGCUUGCUCAUGGCAGUUAAAAUGAAAGAUUGAGUAUCUUAGUUUAAAUACAUGACUCCUUUUUCCCUCUGCAUCACCAAAUGAUGAAAAUCGAAUUUGUCUGGCAAACUGAUACUAUACCUAAGGGCAAUUCAAAAACUCAUUAUAAAAUAUCCAGUAGUUGACUUCCUGAAUUUUUUAACGAGAAAACAGCAAGACAGCCCGUAUCAAGAAACGAAUGUUACGAAUGUUACUAUCAGCUCAAGAAGAAAUUAGCGAAAUGAGUCACAAAUAAUUAAUUCUGAUCAGUUUCAGAUGUCACGUUGCAUAGACCAUUUUCGACACAUCAAAAUUCUUACUUGGUUCCGAGAUUUGUGGGAAUAAAACAAAACUGAAAUCAUCACAGUUGAGGCUUAGCAAUGAUUAAUGAUACAUUUCUUUUGUUUUAUUCCCCCAAGCCUCGGUGCCAAGUAUGAAUUUUAAUAUAGGGAAAAUGGUCUGUUGGAUUCUCCUCCGGCUUUUCUUUCCUCUGGUGAAGAUAUUAUUAAUUGAAAUUUGUUUCAUUUGGAUGCAGCUGUAUUGUAAAAGCAGGUGAACUCUUUAACGGUGUACUUCAGUUGUACAAAUAUUUUUGUAACUAUGUCUGUCCAACAUGUUUUAUUUUGGCUGCUUUUGUUCGAUAUUUUUCAAUCAGCACGUUUUAAAAUGUCCCAAAAAAAGAGAAUUAUUGCUUUAUUUAGCAACCCAAUUGAUAAGAAAUACUCCGGGGACGUUUUUGAUGCUUUCCAAAACACUUACAGCACGUUUUUUGUCACUGGCUAAAAAUUUCAGCGCGGAUAAAACACUGCUCUUUGUGUUUAAAACAUAACAUAGUUGCAUUGAAAACAGUAGCAAGUAACUCAGUGACAUGUGUGUAACAUAUGGCCGCACGGAAAUAAGAAAUUUCUCUUUAAGUGUUUAAAAUAUUAUGCAAAACUAGUGAAAUAUUUUUCAACACGAAAAGAGAAAUUUCAUAUCUCCAAGCGGCCAUGUAAUGUUCUCUUUAACGCCAGUGAAAUACCAAACCAUUUCACUCUAAAACAUAUUUUUUGGCUUCGAAAAGCACGAUUUAUCAUGUAGCCAUAACAACGGUGAUCUUUAACGUGUAAACCAACAACGUGGAUAUUUAUAGUUCAAAAUUUAAGAUAGCAUCAAUACUAUACUAGUAGAGUCGUACAAAUUUUGAAACUUUGACCUUAAAGCCUCGGAGUCAUGUUAGAAUUUUUAUUAUUUCGAACGUGGGCUAUUAUAGAGUGAUUUUACUUGAACCGUGAAAUAGGUAGUAGAAUACUACACUCUAUUAUUCACCAAUACUAUUGUCUUCUUUUGUUUACCUCUCGCUAUUUUGCACUAUUUGUUAGUAUCUGUUUCACGGUUCAAGUAAAAUCACUCUCCAAAUACUUACAUUUGAUUUGCCUUAGGUCACCUUAAAUCGUCUAAAGUUGUCUAAAGGCACGUCAAAUCGCCUAAAGUCUCCUUAAAUCGCCUAACAUUCUGAGUGAAUUUUCCUUAAGUCGCCUAAAGUCGCCUGACUUAUGGUCCCAGAGUAAGCCUACGUGUGUGGGGAAUGCGAGCAAAAGCUCAGCUGGUAUUCGCGUUAUUUACGUUAUCUCCUUUAUUCAAGGUUCUUUUUUGGCGGGGUAAUAUGGUGGACUACAAGCCGUUACUCACUUCAGGGAGUUAUGUUGAAAGCAUAUCCCUUUGUCCCGCGCUGUAUACCCGUGACUCGCAACCCCUCAACCCGCAAAGAUUAGUUUAAAGUGGUUUGGUUAGAGCCCAAAGCAGUGAAAGAAACUGCCAGGGGGAAAAGAGUAAGAGCUCUCCCAGUUUACGUGUUGACCUUGAGGCAUUUUCUUACUCAUCCUCCAGUGCAGUUCCUUUUCAUAUAAGGCCUCUUCAAGGUCUUUAAGCCUUAAAUUAACAUAACCAUUCAAGAGUAAAACUCGUUGUCCGUUACAGUUCAAUUAAGUCCAUGUUAACUACGUGCGAUACCAGAUAUGUUACAUAGAAGUGCUGGAGGCACAUUUGAGAUACCAUGUUGCAAAUCCCUGAAUGUGUUCAGUGUUCUUGUCAUUGAUAAAAAUAUUUAUGCAAUGAUUGUUUUCUUCGUAGCGUAAGAACUCAUCCUAAUUAACCCCCUUGGAGACAGUGUUUUAUUCUGUUCGCUAGUAAAUACGUCCAAAAAUUUGCAUUUAUUGACCAUAUAAUCAUAGGGACCAAACUUUUAAAUUUCUCUUCGAGCACCUACAGUUACUAUUGUUUUAACUGAAACAUAAGUGCUUGUCUAAUAAGCAGUGAGUCCAGACCAAAAUCAUGUGGAAAGACUCAGGAUCACUUACCAAUUUAACCACGGUUAAUGAUUACUUUAAGCUGCGAACAGCUAAUGCAGACAAUGUUGCUAACGAACCCAGACCUGUCAGAGUCACUUUAAACAGCUCAAAGCUUUCUUCCAAGGAGAAAAAGCUGAUCUUUGCAGUCGUGUUUCUUUCGGCUCUGUGUCUCGCACUUUUAAUAGCAAGUACAGUUUUAGCAACACGACAGAAAUUCGCACAGAAAUCUGAACAGGAAACCAUCAAAUCUUUCUGUAACACUCAAGAUUGUCUUUUUGCAGCGGUGGGUAAGUAAUCAAUUCAGGUUCAAUAAUACUAUUGUGUAACAAUCACCGACAUCAUUUGCUCUAGACUACGAGUAGUUCAUCAUAUUCCUUAGCAAUGGCUGAAGGCAAGCGAAAUACCCCAGCACUUGCGAAAAUUGCUACGGCGUAUUUCGCUAUUUUUACCGUCCAUGAAAAAGAAAGCCAGAGUUAAGACUCAAGUAUUAUUGCAGUAUCAGAUUAUGCGAUCUGAUGCACUUCUGAAAGCCCUGAAUGGGACAAUGGGAUUAUGUAUUUAUUUGACUAGAGAUCGACAGACUCUUAAACACGUCAGUUGAUCGGUCUGAAUUGGAAAAAUGCAAGACUGUACGAAAAAAUAACCUCUAAUUUUAUUAGCCUAAGUCCUCAACUUAAAGCCCGUUACUGUAACAACUACCUUUGAUUUCAUGAACGAAUGAAUCAAAGAAUCGAAUGAAGUCAAAGAAUGAAAGAACAGGUCUUUCAUUCUUAUAGUAAUGAAAUUAUUUAUGAAUAAAGCACCAGCGAGAGAGAGAGAGAGAGAGAGAAAGAGAGAGAAGGGGAGAAAGAGAGAGAGAGAGGGGGGGAGGGAGAGAGAGGGAGAGAGAGAGGACAUCGACAACUACGGAAAAAAUAAAACAGUAACUGUCUUUUUGUUUCAAGAGAGUCUUCUCUUGAUUAACUUCAAAAAUUCAUAUUCAGUUGGCAUAUUGUCAAAUUGUAUGCUUAGAUUUAAUCACAUACUAUAAAUCUAACAGAAAUUCAGUCUCAGGGAGAAAUACAGUGUUGAAUGACUGAAACAAAUAAGACUACUUUGUCAAUAUCCACACGCUUAUGCUUGUGCAUAUGGAGGAUUGCCAAAGAGGAAAGCACCAGCUCACUCAUAGUGCUUCGAUGAGGGGUUUGUCAGUCUCAUCAUGCCGCUAAAACUGCCUUCGGCAGCGCAGGUUGACAGAGGAUAGGACAUGAGCGACAUAUAUCACUGGAUAGAACUGGGGGUUGUGUGCUCAACUGUCCGCUCGACCAGAGUUGUGUUUCUCUUUCUUUAUAUCAUAACUUUUUUUCUUAAAGCAAAAAUGACAACGAAAAAUCACGUCCACUUCUGUUAAAUCGAGAAUUCUAGAAGGCUAAAAAACUGUUUUUUCAAUAUCAUUUGAUUAAAUUUCAAAAAGGUACUUACCUUCUGUUGCCUCCGCUCUAUUGACCUUGUUAAUCAUACUCCGACUAAAGAAGUCGCUCGUUGAUCUCUCUGCCAUUUAAUUCCUUCAUUCAAAUGUCAACUGAACAGACUUACUGAACCGAGCACCUUAAACACCUCAUGAACACAUAAGUUCUGCCCCGAAAUGACUGCGUUUUACGUUGCCGUCAAAUCUGGUCAAAUUCUUUUGUGGACCUCUCAGAAAAGGAAGAAAAUGACUUCAAGGGGUCAAAAGGUCAAGUCUUUGAAUUUCCAUUCGCGGAUCUCGAUCCAUUUUAUUUUUGUCUUUUCAUUUUGUUACUGUGGUUGUGAUGACAGGGUUUUGAACUCAUGCACAUCAAAAUGAAUAAUGCAAUAUGCGCAAAGUUUACGUUUUGUAAAAUAGCAGCAAUUCAAGAGAAAACUCUUGCAGGUGUAAAGGUCGCUUUGCGCCAAAGAGCCUAUAAAUAAAUAAAUAAGUCAAAUAAAUAAAUAAAUUUUUUUUUAGACUUUUGAGGUACGUACGUGCGCACGUGCGUAUAUGGUCGCUACGCCCCUCUGUAAGCUCACAUUUUUGUCAGAACCAGCAUGUCCUUUGCAGCUCUAUUUACACUGUGCCAGCGUGUUUGAUUCUCUACUCAGAACCUGAGAUUUCAAUGUUAUCUUUUCCUUUGUUAAUUGAAUUUUAAGCGGUAACUGAUCAAGGAAUAGGGUUACACGCUCAAAGUGUUAUCGGAACCAGCCUUUUUUUCUCAGUUCGAUUUACAUUGAGCCAGUCCUCACCUCCUGUGAGGAAUGCAACGAAUUUGUGGACCUUUUGUUUUGGAGGCUAUCUUUACGCCUUUCGAGAAAUUCUUGGUCCUGUGACACUCACUCAUUAGAUCUUUGUAUUUCAUUCAAGUCUAUAUUUUUACACUUCUCAUACAUUCUUCCCCCCAUUCUUACGCUUUUCACACAUUUUGCCGGAUUUACGUUAAUUAAUUUGUUCAUGUGUAUAACACCAUGCGAAUUUUUUUUUUUUAUCCCUGGUGAUGCUGUUGGGCGAAGGCUCGGAAUCGUCAAUUUUUGUUUUUUACAGCAGUUAAAGGCCUGACUCGAAAAAUAUUUUACUGUCUAUAGUUUAUAGUAUUUUGAUACAAUGAAAUUUUCCAUGAAACAUACUUGUCUAGCUAACUUGCUCCAAUUUACCAACAAAGCUUCAAACCAUGUUGUUAUUGUUUAAUAAAAGUGAAAGCCUAGUUUGUUUCAAACUUUGGUGAAAUUUAUUAGCCGUCCUUUUCUACAGCGAAAUCAGUUUUAGACCUCCAAAAUUAUGAAACAAAUCGCGAAAAACCAUUAUUCACAUUCCAUAAAAUACAAAAGAAUUCACCUCGUUGGCACUUACAGGGUGGUACACCCCUGAAUAAGCAACUGCACUGAGGUUACCCUAAUUUGAUACAAUAAAGAAAGGCAACAAACUCUCCUUCUGUGGCACUCAAAUACUUGAAUAUUUGUUCCAGUUUGGGCAUUUUUGCAGUCACCAACGCUUUUUGGAGUACGCUGCGAGCUGUGGUUUCUCCAAGCAGGACGCUACGCUACGAAAAGAGAGAAACCACUGUCUGCACAACCGUUUCCUUCUUUGAUCAAACCUCCGUUCAGCGCCAUAGACGAACAACUUAUCUUUGUUAAAAAACAAGUUAAGGCUCUCGGGCAUUUUCUUACGCUUAUAACUGCUGCCUUAAGGCGAGCCUGCUAUGAAUUUGCGCUCUUUCAGUCUUUAUCGCAAUUAUUCGUACCCACUUACUUUGUCAAAUGUAGACGAACCAAACUAGAGUUGAAAUAUUAGGGACCAUAUCCAGGGUCAGAUAGAGAAAUAAAAUUUCGUCGAUGCUUAUUUAGGGCCUGUUUACAUGGAGGUGGGGGACCGUAGGUAGGUGAAGUAACCCGCGUAGGUGGCGUAAAAAAAUAGCCCUCCUUUAUAUGCAAUGUUACAACCCCGCCAUCCCGGGCCGGGGUGCACUUUCCAAAGAUUAUUGAAUGGCGAUUAAUGCUCUUCUACAUUCCUUACUGCUCUUGCUGAAACCUUCAGUGAUGUGGCUCUCUAUUGUUUCUAGUGAUGUCAUUCAGGUGACGUAGGCGUCACGUGGUCGCGCAUGCUCGAUGGAAACGGUUGUUCACAGUGGUUUCUCUCCCUUCGAAGCGUAGCGUCUGGCCAGGAGAAACCACUGCUCACAGGGUAUUUUUGGACCGAAUCCAAGUUUUAAAGAAAAAAGAAAAAUUCAUCAUCCUGUUACGUCCUCAAUAAGACGUCGCAAAAGAGAAUUACACGUCGUAAUUGUGCAGUUACGGCAAAGAAAUCUAACAAAGUGAGAUACGCCAGAGGAGUUUGUUAUUCUGAUAAAGUACCAGACGAACUGCUCUUUUUAAAUUUUUCGUGGCCGUUGCCCUCUUUGCUAGACUUCAUCUUUAACGGCUGCCAUCGUACUGGGGCAAGAUAAAGCGAAUCCUGUGCUCUGAUUGGCUACCCGGGCGGGGGAGGAUACGCCUAUCUUGGCCCCAAUUUACCAACGCACAAGUUAGGGGCGGGUAGUUUGAUGCUAGAUGUUUGCUCCUACGCGCCCAUGCUAUGAGUACAUUUCAAUCACUUCCUUUAAGCCUCAGUGAAAUCUCUACUAAGUGAAUACGUAUAGUAGACAUUGCUUCUUUCGAUCCGCCUCAUUCUCCCAAAGGCGACUUUAAUGCCUACACAACUGACUUAGUUUUGCUUACUUCAUAGAUAUUUUACGAACUGUUGACAAGAAUGUGGAUCCAUGCGAGGACUUUUUUUUGCACGCGUGUGGCGGCUGGAUCAAAAACAAUCCUAUUCCAUCGAACGAGCCAAAAUGGAGUCAAGUGCUUAUUUUGAAAACCAGAAAUGACCAGCUUUUAAAGACUCUACUUGAUGAUCUUCAAAUUAGGAAAAAAUACGAGAAGGUGAGCUGCUGCUUGGCUGUCUAGAUUUGCUCGUUUAAAUUUUUCUUACUGUGGUAGCGGCGGCGAAUCCAUGGAGUCUGACCCCACUAGAAUGGGACAUGUUUUUGUAAAUUUACUAAGUGAUUUAAAACUAGAACUUUCAUUUUUUACCAUUGAAGAUUUGAAUAUACAUGUACUUAGUUAAGGUUUGAUGGCAAAUAAUGUGUAAUUGCGAGUUAGGGUAGAAAUAAUUAUCGGUAGAAAGUUAAAACAGUGUGCAGAGACCAGUUUGGAGCAGCUAUCGGAAUCGGUAACUAAGUUAUGUUGCAAUUACAGGGGAUACUUACAAGCGCUACGUCAUUCUCCAUAGGACUUCUGUCCGACCAUAAUGCUGCCGGUAAAAUGCACUUCGACAAUUUUCUAUUAAAAUGGGUUCAUUGUUUUAAAAAAGCCAUUGAAAUCAAGUUUGAAACUUGUUUCUCUCUUAUUAGAACGAUGCUGUGCAGAAGGCAUUCCGGUAUUACGAUUCAUGCACAAACUAUGAGCUUAUCGAGAGUGCAAGGGGAUCACCUCUUGUAAAUCUAGUGGAAAAGUAUGGAUCGUGGAACAUAACAAACAAGACAUGGACGACCGAUUCGUGGAAUUUUAUGGAAUUCUUAGUUCGCAUGCACAAGGAUCUCAAAACUUCACCAUUGUUCAAAUUGAAUGUGGAGCCAGAUCUGACACUUUCGUCGCGUUACAUCAUCAUGGUAAGGUAUUUAGUUAGAUCACGUUCACACUUGUUACGUAAAAACGCAUAUAUUAAAUACGUAUUGGCUUUGCGUCUACAAUAAAUAGUUCAACAAAAGAAACAAAUUUUGGGAGGUAAUCAAUGUGCAUUAUUGUCUACUUGAAAAUGGUGAACUUGUGUCGACACCGAAACGUUGUGUUGUUUCCAAUUUCUCCUGGUAUUACAUUCGUCCCAAGAGAAAUCGAAGACAAUAGUUAUGCAAAAUUUUGGGAAGUAAAUAACGUGCAUUAUGGUCUAGGUGAAAAUGUUGAGUGACGACACUGAAACGUUGCGGUGUAAAACGACUUUUGCUUUUUUCAUUCCCAAAAAACAUGAAAAAAUAAUGAAAUUAUAUUAGAGUAUAAUACACCUUGUUUGCCCCCCCCCCCCUUCCACGCCCAAUAAUUUGCAUAAGUAUACAAGCAUUGUCUUUCAUUUCUUUGCAGUUAGACCAGACCUCUAAUACCAUUACAAGAGAUGCAUACUUGGCUAAUACCAGCUAUCACUCACUCGUGAGUAUUAGUGAAGAAGCCGUUAUGACAUGUAUGCCGGAAUGUAAGGGAAAAGAGGAGAUUCUUUGCUUACAAAUCGUUGUCAUUGUCAUUUACUAAGAAUGAAGUCGUAAAAUGAGGAUAUGAUGGUUUUUUUUUCUUAAUUUAAAAACAUCCUACCUGCAUGUAGCGGAUAUUGAUAAGUUUUGAUAUAUUUUCGGUUCCACUCCACCUACGAAGUUGUGGGAAAAGAUCAGUUUUUCACUGCCAAAAAAAUCACAAAACCCUGUACUUAACGAAACUGAUGGAAACAGUUACAAAGUUCAGAAAAUUCUGCUGAGCGUCCAUUCGUUGUCCCGGGUAAGAGGGUAAUCCUCCCAGUCAAGUCAACUUUAGCUAUCAUCUCACUUAGAAAAAGCUGACCCCUUAGCCCGGGCCAAAGCUCCCUCGCAUUUUGUGACUGUCUCACCUUGAUCGAGUUGACAUGGCUGGGCGUGUCAAAGUGUUUAUAUAGCUAGAACGGUGACCCUAUACCAUUCUAGCCGAGCAAAUUUUCUCUUUCCCAGUCAACUCGGUCAAGGCGAGACCAUCUGGACAUGCGUAAGCGCUAUUUUAGACAAUCGGAGUAUGUACGACAACUGUUGGCUCAGGAAAAGGGUCAACUUUUUUCUCUUAUAAACGCUCGCUAAAGCUGUCUCGGCCUUUUCCGCGACGACUUUUUUUCCAUAUAAACGGGGCUUACAAAUGUUAAUGGCCCCUAAAUUUUGCAUAAUAACUGGAAGAUUGUAAAUUACUCAUGAGAAAUUCGAAAGAAUGGUUAUGAAAUUUGUAUAUUAAUUUGUUUGGUGGGGAGAGUGGGAGGGCGGGGGGGGCAAACAAAGUGUUUUAUAGGAAUGCGAAUGUGGCACUAUUUUUAUUUAUUUUUACCAGGUAAGAAACGCUUAUCGUAAACUUAUGUUGGAAUUGGUGAGUUUGUUAGGAGGAGAUCUACAAACAAUCACCCAGCCGCUGACAGAGGUGUUUGAAUUUGAACAAAAAAUUGCUCAGGUGAGUUACAUUUCUUGUAAUUUGCAAUCGGAUAAGAUGAAAGGACUUGCGAGGGCGUAAUAGAGACAGGGGGCUAAUUUGAGAGGAGAGGCUUAUCUAAUUUAGUAAAGACGAUGAUACACUCUAUUAGUUCUCCAUAAAGAACCAUAAUACAAAGUAAAAAAGCUCAAUUACAAGAAGUUGGAGGUCAUGCAGCCGAGGAUCAAAAACAAAUCCGAACUUCCAGUUGGUAAAUAAACCAUCCUGGAUCUCCAAAGAAGUUCUACAGUCUGUCCUGAUUGAUUAAUACAGUCUAUCAUUUAUUAAAAAGAAGCGACUUCUUAAAACAUUUAGCUAUAAAAAAUUGCGAAAAAUUUUUUCUUAAAAACAUUUAAGAAAUUUUUAAAAAAGUUUAAAAAUAUACGACGUUGCGACGUUAUCGGACGUCAUUAUCAAGUAAAAAUGUAAUAUGAAUAUUCUUCAUUUAUUAGUGAAGAAUAACAAGGGGGAGAGGAGGGGGGCUUAUUAGAGAGAGGGGGGCAUGUUUGAGAGGGGGGCUUGAUAGAGGAUUUACGGUAGUAAAUCUUUUAGUCAGAUUCAGGCUUAUUUCUAAGCGAUCAUCAGAUUGCUUUUUAAUCUCAAAUCUCAGCUUUCUGUUAAAAAGAUUCCUUAAUUUAACUAAAUUAACAGAUGCGCGUGCACGCAUCUAUAGAGUAAGCGUCAGAUUGAUGUGUUUGACCGGUUGAUUAAGGUCAUUCCUCAAUUUCCAGGGAGCAGUCGAAGGUAAAAAAAAUGACCUGUUAGAAUUGGCCAAAUUUCUAACUGCCAAGACCCCAUCCAAGCCAAGAUGAAUUUUAUUCAAGUUUGUUGAUUGAGUGAUGCUGAUGAUUUGUUGCAUUUUUGUAUUACAAAACAUGUACUCUAUGUCCAUUAGUAGUCGGUUGCCACGUUGAAACAGCAAAAAUGGCCUUUUAUAAGUACUAUUUCGAUGUCUAGUGUCAGAGGUUUUGGUUUGCACACAUUACAUCAAAGUAGUCUAACAUCCAUGUACGACCACGUAAAAAACAAACGACCAUGUCCCCACUGCGACCACCCAUCAAAACACAAAAUUUUCUCAGUUAAAUCAUUGUAUUGCAGUUAGAACCAUAUUUGUGGAAUUUUUCGUUAUUUUUAUCCUAUUGUAAGCGACCACUUGAGCCAUUUUUUGGAUCUGUACGUUUGCCGUAUGUAGUACACUACUCAAACUAUGCGACGAAGUAUGUGACAAGGUGAAACUUCACAUCGUUGAUUAGAAAUUUCAUGCAACGAAUUCUCUUGUAAAAGGAAGAUGCAUUCGGACAUCUCCUAUUACUGAAGGGAACUCCCGUGGUUCGAUUUUUGUUUUCCACUACCUACCGUAAGCGACUAUUAAAUCCUCUCAACAUUUUGGGUUCCCUGGUCCCUUAAGGAUAAAUUAUAGUUACUAAUUAACAGCAGCAACAGACGAAGAACCAGUUUAGUAAAUCUAUCAGUUGACCAUAUUUUCUUAUCAUCCACAGUUAUCAGCGACUGCUGAUGAGAGAGCUGAUAAAAGUAAACUGUACAAGCUAAUGACUGUAAAAGAACUUGAGGAAAAAACAGCUGGAAAGGUAAACCGGCCGGAUAAGUCCUUGGGGUUGAGCUACGAGAAGUAAUUUCUACUAUAAGUCUUUCUAUUUCUUACAAUUGUAAUAUGGAUGAAUCGGUUUCAACACUCGUUCCCUUAUCAUCCUUAUAACAAAUUGACGGUCCAAACUGUGAGCAAAAAUAAGGAUACGAGAAAAACCAACGAACUAUACUGAGUUAGUAAGACUCAUUGGCCAAAUCAUUGGCGGUCAUCUUUAUGUAAGUUACAAGGACAGCUUUGGAACUGGAUAUUUACCUGCGCCAGAAUGUUUUCUAAAAGCGGAAGCCAAAAGUAUACAUAUUUAGCGAAAAGUCUUCAGAGAGAGAGAUAGACUGGGUUUUAUUAACACACUUUGCAGAAUGAACUGAAUUGCGCAACUUUACUAAUCUAACAACAUCCUUAUAAAUACAUAUACUACAAAACUAAUCAUUACAGUGUAAUAAAAACCUUAAAAUUUAAACUGCAGGUCAUGAAUAUAUUACCAUGGAGCUAUUCUUGUUGAUAAAAGUGUCCGCAAAUCUCUUUGUUUUAGUUUUGUGUGGGUCGAAAAUCUUCUGUCUCUUUAAAUUACAAGUUGGCCUGCUGCACUUUUUUGGUAACAGACCGUGAAUCUUACUGAAUGGAUUGUUAACUACUAAUUGGAAAAGCUUAUUGGUUAUUUGUUACUUCGGCGGAGCGCGAAGUAAAGGAUUCGCGACGCUCAGGAAUGUAUCAAAGUUGACAUUUUUGGGACAAGAUUGGGCACGUUAAGUCUGUAGGUUGUCGGUUUUAUUCGGCUAUUUGACGAAGUGAGAGCUGAAGUAGUUCGAGAUGUCUCGAGAUCACUUCGAUUUCUUUGAUUUAUUCUUUAACCUAUUCGAGGAAGAAAGAAUUAGUAUUUUGGCUUUCCCAGGGUUUGAACCGACUCACCUGUGUGACCUGUCAGAUCAGAGGAGACUCUAAGUUUAGGGAUUAAACGAUUGCGCUACUGCGAUCCAAGUUAGUUCGGAAUGUGAAAAAAUAGCUAUGAAAUUAUGCGCUAGUUUCGGGACAAGAUUGGGCUCGCAAGUUCAUGACUUUUCGGCUUGUUUCGGCUAUUUCACGAAAUGAGACCGGACUACUUCAUGAUAUCUUGAGAUCACUUCGAGUUUCCUCUUUGAUUUACUCCAGGAAUAAACACAGGUAGCCCAAGCUCGAAAUAUGAGCAUCGGCGAGCAUCGGCAUUGUUGCGUAACAUUCAAAAUAUAAGGAUUUAUAUGGGAAAAAACCUCGUUUCUGAAACCUACGAAAAUGAAAGGAUUUCAAUAAAAAACAGAUUACUUUACUUAAAAUGUGUGUUACGUCUCUCCUGUGUGGUCCACGGGCCGAUUUAUGGCCGUUUUAUGGGUUUUUAUGUAAACGGUUUUCUCUCUACAUAAAGAUAAACCUUCACAAAUCCCUACAUUUUGAAUGUUACGCAACAAUGCCGAUGCUCGCCGAUGCUCAUAUUUCGAGCUUGGGCUACCCGUGGAAUAAAUAAAGGAUAUUACAUGGCCGCGCAGAGACACGAAAUUUCUCUUCGAGUGUUGAAAAACAUUUCACGAGUGAGCGUUCCUUUCGAACUGUUUUAUGAUGAAUUUAAAGUUACAAAAUGCUGCAGAAAGACGUUUUGUCUUUGUUGAGUGUUACGUAGUAAAAUUGCGUUCAUGCGUUGCGUGACUUUCUCGUACGUUCUCUACGUUUUUGGAUUAUUCAUGAAUAAUUAAUAGGGCAUGUUUACAUUUCAGCAUGAGUCAGCAGAUUUGCAUCAGUUACUGAAAUCAUAAAAUAUGUCGAAAGCUACUACUAUUCGCCUGUUUAGUAUUUUCUAGAACUUUAUGUCAAACGGUAUACAAGUUCCAAGUGAGUUUUUUUGGCGACCUAAGUUUUUUCCUACGAGCUGGAGUGCUGUGUUUAGUCAAGUGUGACGAUGGUCGAUUUUCAAGUUCUGCAUUUACAAGUUGGCGGAAGCCGUAAGAUAUCUGAAGUUCAAUUGAGAGUUUGUUAUUAUUGGCAGAAGCUGUUUAGUUCUACUUAUGUUCAAGUCAAGUUUGUGUUGGUGGAUGCUGUGUUUUAAAGCUCUGUAAAGACUAUGUUUUUUUGGUAUUAAUCUUCCUAGUGUUAAUCCGACAUCCCUACGUGCUGAUAUUCAGUGAAUAAUUAUCCUCAAAACAUCGAACUCGUAACAUUGAGUUUUAGCCAAUUCCAUUCUCAACGUAAUUGACUCCUUACCCAUGCCAUACAUAUCUUUAAUCAGUACAUGAGACUGCUAUGCUGUUUUUGAAGCCUGAUGUAAGAAAAAUAGAGAAUUCUUUUUUCACUGUUUGUUUUUUAAGACUUGUUAUUCACCGCCAGUAACCUCACAUUUGACUCAGGUCAAAACGUUUACACCCAAGUCAAAUUUAGAAGGAUUUGUAUGGAGUCAUUAGAGCAUAACUGUGCUAAUAUCUCAGAGACAAUUUGCCCCGAAAUGCUAGUUUUGGCAAGUAGGCCUCUUGGACAUUGCUCUUUUCAGAAUAUCCUGACAAAUCCCAUAAUUUCACAAAUUAACACCUUACCCUUACCCUAUUUCAUUUCUUACUAUUCUUCCGCAUUUACAAUUAAUCAGUUCCACAACCACGACGCCGGAGUGUACGCUCCAUAGCGUCUUGUUCUUGACGGACUCUCUCUCUCCUCCGCAGAGGCUCCCGCUGGGUAUCCCCAUCAAAAUAUCAGAGGCCUCUGCGGAGGAGAGAGACCCUUUGAUGCGGAUGUCAACAGUAUGGUCAGAUAAUUAUAGACUAAUAAAAGUUUCCUCAUUUUUGCUACCCAGAUUAACUGGCUGGAUUUCUUCAAAGCGAUGUUUCGAGAUAGCAGCUAUGAGAUAAACGAAGACGAAAAAAUCGCCAUAUUUGCCUUGGAUUAUUUAAUCAGUAUAGCCAAUUUGACAUCCGUCACAUCAGAGAGGUUUGCAAAAAUUUUGAUUAUUAGUCAUUUUAUCAACUACAUUGGUUUAUAGUAACGAAAUAAACAAGGUCAGUUUCGCAAAUUUCAUGGUAGAUUUGGUUUAAUCGAUAAAUUGUUUUUUUCAGAGUUCUUGCUAACUACAUGAUGUGGCAGGCGGUGGUUCAAUUAGCCCCGUAUCUGAGCAGUGAGUACCGCAAGGUUUUCUCAGACUUCCGUCAAGUUGUUACUGGUGGUACGGGAGAGACCAACAUUUGGCAGAAAUGCAUCACGGAAAUGAGUCACUAUGACAACGAGAUAGGAGAUCCUUUAGGGGUUAUUUUCCUUGAUGAGAAGUUUGACAAGAAGGACAAAGAUUCGGUAAGCAGUUACUCAAAGGUGAUAAUAUGAGGUUGUUACGGUACGUUAUUCUGAGGACCGGCGGUAACUCAUUUGAGGAGGGUUUUGAGGAUUGAAGCUAGACUUCUGGCGAUAAAUUUUUAAAUCUUUUAAGGUGGCUUCGUAAUUUAUACUAGAGCAUUUAGCUGUGACAAAUUUUCCGUCAUAACUUUUUCGUUUUUAGCGCGAUGGCUGCGAAACUUUCCAAAGAACAACGGAAGUCAUUAGGUAAUAAUGUGAACUAUUCCGAUUUCACUGAUGGUAAAUAUUUCUUGAGAAAUUAGCGCUUAAAAGGACCCUACUGUUCAAAGAAAAUCGCGUCUAUCAAAAAAUUUUGCUGAUAUUUUUUACUGAAAUUUCUGGUAUCGGCUUUUAUUGAUACAAUAAAUAUGCCGAUUGCCGAUUGGCUAUCGUGCUAUUCUUUAAAAGGUACUUUUUAGUUUUAGAAGUACUAUAAAUUGCUCCAAACCUUGCUCUGAAGUUAAAUGACUUCGUCCUCGACAUUUUUAUAAUAUCCCUUGGCAGUUUUGGUUUAAACUCCUGCUACAUACAUUUUGAUGUAUUGCAAUGGCUUUUCCUGCUGUAAUUUUGCUUCCAAUUCAGGAAAAGGGUAUUGGGAUUGUAAGCUACCUUGUAUCGAAGCGCAGAUAGAACUGUUCAGCACCUUUGUUUAUGACCGGAAAAUGAGCGCGAGCGGCAGCUCUGUGAGGAAUUCGCACCUCAGCCAGAGGGGACGAAUGGCAGUGAUGCCCAUGUCUGCGAACCGAUCUGUAUAAACAUGUAUUGCAGAGCAAAACGUAAUAAUCAAGAAAAAACUAGCCAUUCAUUGAAGGAAGGAGUGACAAAAAUUUCAGAAUUGUAAAUUCAUAUAUUCACCGGCAGUAUUUGUGCGAUAAUUUUAUUUUGUACUGUGAUGUAAUUCGGUUCAAAGACAUGGGCAUCAUUGUCGUUCGUCCUCCGUGGGUGAGGUGCGAAUUCUUUGCAGAACUGCCACUCGUGCUCAUUUUGUAGUCAUAAACAAAGGUUCUGGACAGUUCUCUCUGAGCCUUGAUACGAGGUAGCGUUCAAUCUCAAUACCUUUUUCCUGAGUUGGAAGCAACGAACAGCAGUAAAAGUCGUUGAAAAUGCAUUGCCAUACAUUAAAAUGUAUGUAGCAGGAGUUUGAGCCAAAACUGCCAAGGGAUAUUUUAAAAAUGUCAAGAAACAAGUCAUGCUACUUCAGAGCUAGGUUUGGAGCAAUUUAUAAUACUUCUAAAACUAAAAAGUACCUUUUAAAGAAUAGCACGAUAGGCAAUCGGCUUUUGUCUUAAGAAUUAGCAGACAUUGAAUUUACUUGCCCCGAAAAUUCAAACUGGUGUCUCCUUCUACUCGACAGUAAUUUAUUCUUGAAAUUCCAAAACAAUUUAACAGCUAAAUUUUGACCGACUUUUAGUUACGCACUUCUGCUACAACGAUUUUUCUGAAAUUCCUCUGGCAUAUUUAUUAUAUCAAUUAAAACUGUACUGAUACCAGAAAUUUCAGUAAAAAAUAUCAGCAAAUUUUUUUACUAGACGCAAUUUUCUUUGAAUAGUAGGGUCCUUUUAGGCGCUAAUUUAGCAAAAUAUAUUUACCAUCAACGAAAUCGGAAUAUUUCGUACUAUUGCCAAUUAUAUCUGCUAUUCUUUGGGAAGUUUCUCAGCCAUCGCGUUAAAAACAAAAACGUUAUGGCGAAAACUUUUUCACAGCUAAAUGCGCUUGUAUUAAUGACGGAGCCACCUUAAACCUUAACAUUUAGAAACAGGAAUUUGGAAAGUUAACGAAGGAGGACACGUAACACAAAGCCGAGGUUUGUGUAUGUGGACUUUAAGAAACGAGUGUGGCCUUGUUACACUGCAAAAUGUGCGAAAUGUGAGUAAUGUUACUUAUAACGGAACUGAUUGUAUCAAGAUUUAAACGCAAACGUAACACACUAUAAUUGUGAAAUGCAUCAAAACAUUUGAAUUAAUUGGCCUUCGUUUGUCUAAAAUUAAACUGCUCAGUCUCUAUCUCUGCAUAUUCUGGUUAGAGACCAGAUCAGAGGCUUCCAAUGUAGAUAUUUAUGAACUGAAAUAUUUUUACUGAUAUACACUAUUUAUAUUCUUCAUCGAGCAAUAAACCAGAAAUUACGAUGAGAAGCAUGUUUCAUGAGAGACUUUUCCUGUUGCGGGAAAAGAAGCCAGGGCUAUAUGGGGCUUCAAGAAGGGAAAAGUCCUAGGGACGGCAUAGGUCAAAAAACAGAAGCUCGAUUUUUUUAUUAACCCACAGAGAAGAACAGAAAAUGUACCGCUUGAAUCUAUAAAAUCCAGAUUUUGGGUAGAUUCUUCACAAUAAAUCUUGAGCUUGGUUUACAAUUGUGCCAUAGUCAUAAGAAUUCGAAUAGUAAAAAUGAAGUGCAGGGAAUUAGUUCAAGAAAAGCACAAUAUGUUAGUGGGGAUCUAUUCCCUUGUUACUUAGGUUCGUGGAUGAAGUAUCUAAAUGAUAUAAUUUCUGACGUUUGCAUCAGAAGACCGUUAUGGUCUGCCUGGACGUUUGACUGGUUUGACUACAUUAAGCAAAAUUUAAUCGAAUAAAUCAGUUUAAGAUGAUGGGUAUUAUUUUCAAGUGUUUUCCUAUUUUGCAUCCGAAGAUCAUCUUUUUACAUCAUGUGACCUUUUGCAAUGUUAGAUUUCGAUUUAAUGAAAGAAGUUGCUUGCUUAAAAAACCGUAUAAGAAGUUGUUACUGUUGGAGUUGACGUUACAUUUUGAGUUCAAAGUUUUUGCAUUUUAUUUGCUUCUCUGAUCUUGUGUUAUGUUCAAAAAAAUCCAAAAUCCCACUGAAACUAACUGUUUCAUAUAACCCGUGGUAGUACAUUUGUGAUUUCAGGUUAUGUCUAUGAUAAACGAUCUGCGAGAUACAUUUAUUAGUAGCAUUGAUCACCUGGAUUGGAUGGACACUAAUACAAAGACAUAUGCCAAAGAAAAGGUAUUAAAACCACAGCUUGUUGAGACCGUUCCAUGUAUUUCUAACUUUUGCGCAUGAUAGUGCCAUCUCCUCUAAACAAAAAAUAUGGCACUAAAGUGUAUAAUUGUGAUGUUAUCCUAAAAAAAAGGAUAACGGGUGGGGGGAAACCGGGCAUUCAUUUGACCACCGUUUCCAUUUUUGCCGGAAUGACAUGGGAAAAUAGGUACUUUUGCGAUGUGUCUCAGCAGGUUUUGUCCGAGGUUGUAGCUUAAAACCCAGCGUCACCAUACUAAUUCUGACGAAUAACUUGUUACCAUCAAUUCACUGUAUACUUUCAGGCUGCUGCCAUCAGGCAAAAUAUCGGUUACCCAGAGUAUCUUAAAAAUCAAAGCAAGUUAACAGCUCGAUUUAAAGACGUAAGUAACUCGUUCAUUAAGGAAAGUAGGUGAUUCAGUAUCUUUUUGUGUUUAGACGAGUCUGUCUCAGUUAUUACUAGCCCAAUUUUGUUUAACACCCAUUAUCCUGUGGACCUUAGUUUUAGGUUCACGUUUCCUUGUCAUUUAUCUCUACCGAAACUUACUUUCUUCGUCAUUUCCAUUUUAUUCUUCAAUUUGCUUCCUUUCACUCUCUUCCAGUUGAACUAAUUGAAAAUCAAUUCAUUAUUGCAUUUUAUUUUAUCUUACUUCAUGAUAGUUUAUUUACUGAUGUUUUGUUUCAGCUUACAGUAACAAAUGGAUCUUAUUUUAAUAACGUGAUAAACAAUCGAGCAUUUUCUGUCAAGGCCAUGUUACAAGAUCUACGCAAACCUGUUGACAAAGGAAGGUAGGAGUGUUUAAAGUAUUAAUCAGCAAAUAAUUGCUUUGUCAAGCUUUCGACUGAUUACUGGCUACUGCUACUAUAAGACUCUUGCAGGUACUUGCCUUGUCGUUAGCUGACGUUAUUUCAUUUUGAAACAUUGAUUUUCUAGCCUUAACAAAUGGAAAAACAAAUCAGAUAAAUCAUAAAAAUUAAUGUGAAAUGUGCGCAGUCACAGACCAAAGGAGCUUAGGCUUUCGAGUUGGUCACUGCCACGAGUAGCACUAACUGGCGUAGACAUUUACAUAAAGCUACAAGAAACGUACAAAGGAGGAAGGAAACUUAAAAGUGCAAACGUUGUUCGAACGAUUUAAUACAAAGAGAAAUGAUCAUUGGUAGUUUGGAAAGAGAAGUCAAAUCUUUUCUAGUGGGUAUUUUUUCAAAAAGAUGAAAUUUAUAUUGCCAAUAGAAGUCGUUAUAAGAUAGAGUUUUCGGAGGGAAUGGUUUCCCAAAUUUUAGACCCAAAAAAGCAAAAGUGGCAGCUCCAUAAUUAUUGUAAUGAAACAGCGUUAAAACAUACAGCAUUUAACUCAUGUUUUCCGAUUACACUUAGGUGGAUGAUUCACCCACAUACGGUAAAUGCCUUCUAUGACAGAGUAACUAACAAAAUCAGUGAGUAUCAGUCGUAUCCUAUAGGAUAUAAGUAAAACAGCUAUUGUAGAUCGGUGACUGACUGACCAGACCUUGUGCGAUGCGACAGUAACUGCAGAACCCCAUAUGCUCUACAAUUUGACCUUUUUACUUUUGAGUGGGGGCGACAUUUGUUAUUUUCCUGUAAUCCAAUUGGUCAACUUUCUCGAAGAAGCCCCGGUACAGUAUUCGCACUAUUUAUAUCUCAGAGAAAAAAAAAAGAACAACGGGCAAAAAAAAAAACGCUCAGUGAAACAUUUUAAGAAGUGCGUCUUACCAUUUGAUUUAUGACUUUCUUAGUUUUUCCCGCUGGAAUACUUCAAAUUCCAUUUUACAGCAGAAAAUUUCCACGGUAAGUUUCUAGAUGGUUAAGUAUUAUUUCAUUCGAGCGUUUGGUGAUUGCAAUUCAUUUCAGGAAUAUGACAGUUUUCUGUUGAUGUGGUGUUCAUGGAUCCAUCGAAAAAACCGGCAUCCAGAAAUUGGUGAAUCAAUAUUCGCCCUAUUUGCUGGACAUAUCUGUAUGGUCUUAUAUCCACUUGAGCUGUUACUUAUUUAAUGGACGUGUAUAUUUAGUUCAUUAUUUAACACACUGCAUCUAGUUUUCUUUAGACUGUUUUCCUACUCAUAGACCUUGUCAGUUACUCCGCUCACAUUGUGGGUGGCUCCUCUAAAACAUUCCACAGUUGGUAUAGGAUCAGUUUAGUGGAGCCGAAACCAAUUGUGGAAUUGUACACAUCUUAGCACUAGUGUCUGUGGCCCUCAAUACUCUUUUGUCAUCAAGAAGGCGUUCUCUUGCCAAACGUCUGGCUUGGUCUACUGCAUCUCCUGUCGCCGUUGCCCUGCCGUCUAUAUCGGCGAAACAGGGCGUACUUUAAGACAACGUUUUGGCGAACACCUUCGGAUCAUUGAAAAGAACUUGCCGGGGUUUCCUUUGGCUGAACAUUUUAACACGGCUGCUCACUCAAUCGACGACGCUUUGGUUCGAGGAAUGAUGCUAUCUGUAGAUAACGCGCAACGGAAGCGCCUGGAAAUGCGACUGGUAUUUCAACUUGGCACCACUCAGCCGCGCGGUUUAAACUCCGACUUCCGUUUCCUCUAGGCCGCGCGCAGAGCCGCGCGUGCACUACAAAGCCUUUAAUUUUCAUUUCUAAUUUAUGGCGAAUAUAAACCAUGGAUAAUAGAAAGACUAAUUAAUUGGGAAAUAUAUGCAAAGGAUCAUCUAACAUGAUUGACAUAUGUAUGGCCCUCGACCAAUCUGUUUCUCCGCACACCGGUGUGCGGACUAUUCAAAAUACCGGGGUUUUCUGGCAGGUGGUAUUUCAACCGCUUCGUCCUACUCCCUUUUUUUGGAACACGGCUCCGUCGCCAAAACUUCAAUCUCGCACCCACACAACACCGCCAGCUACGCAGGCUAGCGCUGGAGUCAUUUGUUGCUCUCACAAGUUUCAUAAUCAUUUACUCUGUCUAUUGCCUCUACCGGUUCUGUACCCUCUAACUGUCUUCUCCAAGAGCAAGUCCUCUUCAUCCUUUACUUCAAAACAUGGCCCAUAUGUAUCGUCGAAGACAGAGAUAGUGAAAUAUGCGCGGAAAAUAAGACGCGCAAAACGUCGAAUGAGGUUGAAUGGCUCUCGAUAAUGUGACGUCACAUUUUUCCACUAUGUUGGAACCGAUCGCGUCAGCCAGUUUCCUAUCCAGUCUUUCUGUUAUCCAUGAUAUAAACCUUGCAACGGUUUCAACGAACUGGUAAUUCCACUGAUGAACUGCAAGCCUCGAAACGUUUGGAAAGGAUAACUUGAACCUAAACAUGACACUUUUGUUCAUGAUUUCUUUAUUUUUAAUGAACAUUUUUGUUACUUCUAUUUUCUAAAGCGCUACGCAGCUUAACGGAAAUUCUUUCGUCAUUUGUUGAUCACACAUCUUAACAUCCUACUGAUGAACAGUUAUGACAUAUAGAUAUUUCAUACAACAGCAAUUUCCGUCUCAAUUACACUGUUAUGCACCUGAAAUCUUUGUCAACCAUACGAAAUAACACCAGCCAGAUUGAAUUAUCUUCCUUUUUUGACAGCGCAAUUAGUUACGGUGGGAUAGGAAUUGUGGUUGCACAUGAAAUUACUCAUGGAUUUGAUAGCAACGGUAGGUUCCAGACGUUAUUAUUUUGGGACUUAAGUUUAAGCGAAAUAGCACCUGAUGUUCAUCUCCACCUGUCACGUUUGACCAGGCGUUGGUCUGCAGUUUUUUCAGGCCCCUUUUUGCUUUAAUCUAGCAAGAGUUUUAAUUCGAUGUUACAUCACGUAUUACCGUUAAAUGCACCUAAAGCGUUUUACCUAACAAUUACAGUGCGACUACUCGAACCGCGGCACUUGGCAGAAGAUUAUCCAAUCACAACGUUUUUUGAAAACAAAAGAUUCUCAAAACUUUUUUGCAAACGGACCAAUAAAACUCAAGGAUCAACUAUGUAACCGUUGAGAACUUUAAAACCGUUUGAACCUACUCGAGCUCUCAGGAAACAGCCCUGAAAUUCACGAAUGUUAUUGGUCCGUUUGCAAAAAAACUUGAGAAUCUUUUGUUUUCAAAAAAAAAGUUGUGAUUGGAUAAUCUUCUCCCAGGUGCCCCGAUUCGAGUAGUCGAACUGUAACUACCUAGCUAGGGGCCUCAAUAAGUUCAACUUUUAGACCCUCGUUUAAUCAAGAAUAGCACGGUAAUCUCACUAAGGUAAGUUAUAGGAUGCGACGCCAGUAUAAGAUGAUACUUUUGAAGGAUUUCAUAUGGGCAGAGUUUCAGAACUAAAUAUUUCUUAUUUCAGGUCGAAAAUACGAUAAGGAUGGCGACCUUGUCAACUGGUGGUCAAAUUCAUCAAAUGAAGCAUUUGAAAGGAAGUCAAAAUGUUUUGUAGAUCAGUACUCAAGUUAUGAAGCUUACGGCCGAAAGGUAAAUUCCGAUAGCCAACUAACAGUACUUAUGGUUAUAGUGGAACAAUUGCAAAAUGACUGUUUCAUUCUAUGACCUCUAAAAACUUUGUAAUAUACCUCAAGAGACGUUUCCGCCGUUUUGUUGGCAUUUUUUCAGUUCCAUCAAAAGCAGAUGUAUGCCUCAGUAUUGACCUAUUAUGCCACGGUCGCUUAAACAGAAAUCAGUCGAUGGAAAUUAGUUGGGACAGUUUUGGUUCAGUUUAUUUACUGCUAUCUGCCAUUGCUUCCGUCUAUACAGUGGACGGCCUUGACGGACACCUCUGUAAAACGGACACCUAGAGUUGGUCCCUGUCUUUCUUUACUCCCUUUAUUUGACUCUCUAUAAGACGGAAGGCUCUGUUAGGCGAACACUUAGUGCCGGUCCCAAAAGUGUCGGUGAUAGAGAGAGUAUUCAGAAAAUCAGUGUUGCUAAGAGACGUCCUAAGACUAUCUUUAGCGCUCAUGUACUCAAAGAGUACUCAAGCGCUUAAAAACAUUCUGGUCAGUAAUAUUUCUCUUUGCAGCUUAACGGUAUUCAAACACUUGGAGAGAACAUUGCGGACAACGGUGCGAUCAAACAAGCUUUUAAGGUAAGUUAUAAUAAAACAUGAAACACGACAAAAUUCUCCGACCAUGCUACUGUUGUGCAAGUAAUCUACAACUCAAUAAUUUUGUUUUGUUUAUAAAGGCCUAUAACGAGUGGGUAAAAAGAAAUGGGGAGGAACCUCAAUUACCAGCUCUUAAUUACACCAAUGAACAACUCUUCUUUGUAAGCGCAGCCCAGGUACGUUGACUUGUUCAUUUACACUUACGUUUCGUGUCAAGAAUCUGAUGUUGGUUGAUGUAUUAAGCUUAGCCUGAAAACUCGCACAUGCAAAUUUACAAAGUUGAUUAUAAAGUUCACAAAGCCUUCAAUCCUACACGCGUAUUAUAAUGAUCAGUUUGUUUUGAUAGAAACCUCAGGGUUGAGUUUCCUGGCCUUUGGUGGAAUCGAAGCUGUAGAUGUGAUUGGCCUAUUUAUGUACUGGUGAAGUACCGCGUAAUAACCAAUGCUUAAAUUUCAAAGUUUGUUCAAAGAAUGACAAAUAUAUUUCUAGGAAACGCUUUCCAUGGGUAUUUAAGGGAAAAAUCUCGAAACGCGCGCACUUUUAGCACCUAUGAUAUUCGUAAUCAAGGACAAAAUUGUUGGUAGGCCGUUAAAAAUUAUCAGUACAAGUGCCUCGUAACUUUUAAGUGACAAUUCACGCAUGCGAACAAAAAAACUAACUGGAAAAGACAAAUUUAAUUUUUUUUCAUUAACACCUAGCCAGGCAACUUUAUUUAAACACAAGCUUUAAAGCUUCUUUGUUAUUUCACGUGAAGUGCCCCCCGGCCCCACCCCAUCUUGUUCGUGGUGAAGGCGGACCUGAGCGAAGAGCCCCACAUAGGAGCCCCGGGAGAUUAUUCUGCUGACAUCAGCUAAAGACAAAAAGUCACUCUCACUCUCCCUUUCAAGGAAUAUCAGCAGGCUAUUGUGGGCUUUGCCUAGCAGGUGUGCUGCCCGUAUCGUUCUGGAUAUAUAUAUGUAGACCAUAUACCGAGCAAAAAUAUUUAACAGAUUAUUAAGCUUUCUUACUAUUCAACAGGUGGAUUGUGAGUCAAUUCUUGCGCCUGUAGCUCUGACGAAAAUUGAGCAAGCAACACACACCUUAGGACACUGGAGGUAAAAAUGUCAGCAAAACCCGCGUUCUAAGACAUUAACUUGGGUUUGGCCAACGUUUACAGUCUAUCUGUAGCUGUUUUGUUUUUGCUAAGAAAGCAAAAAACUAGGAAAAAACAGAUCUUUAUACUCAAUUUUUUAAGUCUUAGUUUAAGUCAGGCACCGUUCAAACAAUUUGUCAAACAGUUUUUAAGUACCGGUUUUUCAUAUUCACUAACUGAACCUCGUUCGUAUGGACUCUCCAGUCCCCUCACAUCUACGGAAAGGCAAGAGGAGAGACCCCCUUAUAAAACGAGGUGGAGAUAGUAGUUGAGAAGAAAAACAAACUGACAUAGUACUUGUAUUUCUCAGCAAUUCAAAAAUUAGUUGUUUUUGAACGAGGUAUUUAUUUAGAUUUACCACUUUCAGAGUCAUCGGAGAAAUGUCAAAUUCCAAAGAGUUCGCACGUGCUUUCAACUGUCCUGUUGGAUCCAGAAUGAAUCCAGUUAACAAAUGUUCGAUUUGGUGAGUUGCUGCUGCACUUGCUUGACUGGGGCUGCAGUAGUCACCAAAGAAACCUCCGGAAGCGUCCGAUGUUUGAUUCUUCGAAGUACUUUAUACUAAGACCAC